AUCUGAUCCUAAGGAUAAUUCAGGGAGUCUGACGAUUGUACAAGAGAGUAGCCCUAUUAGUCAUAUUUACUACAGUCACACAGUGGCAGCAUUAUGUUUAGGAUUAAUUGAUUGAGAUAUAGGGAUUGAGAAAUCUACAGCGCUAUAUAAAGGAGCAGCGGUUAGCUUGUAAUCAAUAGAUAGACAGAGAGAGAGACAGACAGGCGAGGAGAGAAAUGUGAGACAGUGUUCACUUUUACAACUAUACACAAUAUUAUACAAAUGUGAUUUGGAAUUUUUGGAAACCUGCAGGACUCAAAAAACAUCAUACAUGCAGGAUUCAACAACAAAUGUACAACAAAGAAAAAGAGAAUUACAUAUCACCUACACAUCCUUUUAGAUAAAGAUUCCGGUAUGGACAAUCUGAACAGAUGAGUAAGGAUUAAGAUGAACACUAAAUAUGUAAAUGACAAACUGAAAGACAAAUGGAACAAUCUCCGAUAACAAGAAAACAUUGAUCGACAACGCAAAAAACCACUGGGCUGGAAAACGAAUUUGAUCUCUCUGAACAUUGAUUGUGUAACAAGGCGUAUUCUGUGAUGAAAUCUGAAAAAAGGAUUUCCUUUUAAGCUAGGAUCUCCGAUUAACAGCACUAUGAUCUGAAGCUCUCCAGGGCCAUAUUUCCCUAGGGAAUCAAGUAUACAACCCACCAACAGUCUACUAUAUUAGAUUAGAAGCUAGCAAUCAUUAUAAGGUAUACUCAAAACUAAUCUAAAAAUAAGUUCCAAUUUCAAAAACAAAUCUAAAGAUCAGAGAAACUAUAUCAUAACUUCUAUGAAAUAUCUAUCAUAAAAUUUAAUGAUAUAGAGCCUGCUGUCUGAGAUUGAAGCUCCACUAUUUUGGUUAAAUUCACCCUUGAGAGAAGACUUUGACAUAAACACUACAAAACAGCUAUAAACAUGAUAUUUUAAUGCUAAUGAUUCCGUAAAUGAUCUGGGAUAUGGACGCAGACAAUUUAAACAAUUAAGACAAUUACUAGAGGCAAGGGGAAGCAACAAAACUAUACAUUAUCGUAAAACAGGCAAUGUUAUCCUGACACAGUAUAGUUUUGGUUCCAGAGAGAUCAAUAUAUCAUAGGUGUUGAUGAAUAGCUACAUGAUGUGUAUUUUCCUAGACAUAAUAGUAUAUUAGUGAUGAAUCACAGUUGGGGUGUUAUGAUGGCAAUACAGAAAUAUACAUAGAAGUCUUAUAGAAGAAAGGGCGAAGAAGGGAAGGUUGAGACCCAUUUAAGUAGCUUAUGACUUGACUGAAAAAUUAAUAUAAUAUAAAUGCCACCAACAUCCUGUAUAAUCUACUUAUGAGCAAGACAUAUGUAAACAUCACAAGAAGAGCAAUAAACUGCAGAAAGAGUUAACAAAGUUUACCUCAGUGCUUUGAAAAAUGAAAGUGGUGAAAAAUCAGCAUCAUAGUUUGAUAAUUAAGAAUAUUGGAAACAAUUUGAUUGGCGCAUGAUAUUUAUUUGGAUUGAAGCAAUGUGAAAAAUUCAAGUUUCAUUGCCAGGUGUGGAAACAGUGAACAAUAUUUGUGUUGUGUAUAGUGUUUCUGAUCAAUGCUCCAAUAAAUUGCAUUUACAUGAAACAUAGAGAUCAUUAGCUUUUCCAAUACACAGAUUAAAAUUGAAUGAACAGACUUGAUUGGAAGUGACUUCAGAUCAACGCUAUCCUGAAAUCAUCCAUAAAUAUAAUUGGUACAUCUGCAUUUUAAACAAAAGCUAACCAUAAGGCCAGGGAGGACAAGUGAAAAAAUGAUAUACUAGAUGUGAACAUACAAAAACAAAAAGAUUUAAGGAUAUUAAUACGUAAUUUAUUGAUUAUACAUCAUCAAGACAAUUAGUCACAAUGGCAUACGAGAUUGACAAUUUGAACUAUACAGCUGGAUAUGAUGUGAUUCUCAAUUACAGUACAGCCGGGCCAAGUAAUAAUGAUGGUGGUUCAUCAGAAAUAUCUGGUUUGAAAAAGUUUGGUGAAGCGUAUGGUUCAGUACACGGAUACUUAAGUGUUGCUGUAUGCAUAUUUGGCUUAAUUUGCAACUCCGCAAAUAUCAUUGUACUGACACGAAAAAAUAUGAUUUCUUCGACAAACACAAUCCUGCUGUGGUUAGCUGUAGCUGAUCUGCUGACGAUGACAUCAUAUCUUCCCAUUGCUGUCCAUUUCUACAUCCUGAAGCCACCUGACUUGGGACUCUUUGAUACACGCAGUGUUCCUUGGAUACAUUUUUUCCUUUUCCAUAUUAACUACACAGUUGUAUGCCACACAAUAGCAAUAUGGCUGACAAUUACUCUGGCAACGUUUCGCUUCUUGUAUAUCUAUUUCCCGACAAGAGGCAUGACGUUAUGUUCUCUACAGAGGGCAAAGCUAAGUAUCGCUCUAGUUUACAUAAUCACUGUAUGUAUAUGCGUCCCAAACUUUCUUUGUAAUGCUGUAGCCAAUGUGGGACCAAAGUUCUACACAUCAGUGAAAGAGAUUAAUGGUACAAAUGUGACAAUCCAUGAAAAUAUUUGGACGAUCCUCGACAGCAACUUAGCGAAAGCACAACCUAUUUUGAUAAGGUUGAACUACUGGAUCCAAGCAUUGUUCAUCAAAAUCAUCCCAUGUAUUCUGCUAACUGUACUAACCAUUGUACUUAUUGUUGCCAUGAAUGAGGCAAGCAAACGGCGAAUGAGACUGAAGUCUCAAGGCAAGAAAAAUGAAUCCGACCGAUCACACGAGAACAAUCGUACCACAAAGAUGCUCUUAGCUGUGGUUGUAUUGUUCCUUAUUACAGAAUUACCACAUGGAAUACUUACAGUCUGUAACAUAUUCAUUACCAACUUUUACAAAAUGGUGUAUGCACCUCUCGGUGAUGUUUUUGACAUUCUAGCACUUAUCAAUAACUCUGUCAACUUUGUGCUUUAUUGCACUAUGUCAAGACAAUUCAGGACCACAUUCAUUGAGGUGUUCUCUGCUUGUUGUCCUAGUAAACCAAACUGUUUGAAGAAUGAAGGAUUUAAGCUUGUGCCAAAUGGAGA